AUGUCGAUUAAAGUGCGCUUGAAGACCCAAUUAGUGAGAGUAAAUUCCAUUUUUGCAGAUUCUUUUCGAACAAAUUGAGCAGUCCGCCCAUCAUGUUCUGACUGAUUGUGAGCUGCAAUCAGUGACCAUCCGGAAUGAAGAUGCGGAUGGAAAACGGAAAGACGAAAAGAAGACGAAGGUACAGUACCGGGAUGCGGAAGUGGGAACUGACGUGAAAACGGACGAGAAGCGGAGUGGGCCGAGCACUUUGAAAGUGAACGUGGCGACCAAGUACGAGUUCCAGAAGUUGAAUGCCACGCAGGUGAGUUCUCUUCGCAGAAGGAGUGUUUGCUUUUAAUUCUUUUCCAUUAGUUCACUAAUGUUCUUCAGAUCCAUCGAGCAAUAAAUGAUCCUAAGCUGGGUGAAUUCCUGGUGCGCGUGUAUCCUCUGCUCAAAGAAGAACUCGACAAUUCGGAUUUGUUCAAUAAACUUUAA